AUGUUCUCAGCGACAAUCUCUGGAUCGGAAACUCAGUUAAUAUCCUUGAGAGUCAUUCAAGAUAACAGAAGCUUGGUCGCUAUUAUGCGGAACGGUGAUAUUAUCACUACGUCGUUGGAUGAUGAAAUUCCUUCAAUGGAAGUACAAGGAAGUGUCGAUGAUCGCUUUCUGGCUGCAGCUUGGAGUCCUGACGACUCACUUCUUGCUCUCAUCACUGGAACUAAUAAGCUGAUCCUCAUGACGCUCACUUUCGACGUGAUAUCCGAAGCACCUUUGGAAACGACGGAAUUUGGUCAAGAUGUACCCAUCAACGUCGGAUGGGGAUCCAAGCAAACGCAGUUCCAUGGUUCUCUCGGGAAAACUGCUGCUCAGGCAUCAACGUCAAAUAUGCUAGUCGGAUGUAGCCCAGAUGAAGACAACAUUCCCCGAAUAAGCUGGCGUGGAGAUGGAGCGUGCUUUGCUGUGUCCUCAAUUACAACUGCAGGAUCCUAUCCUCAUCGUAUAUUACGGGUUUACGACCACCAAGCGGUUCUUCAGUCAACUUCUGAGUCCGUCCCCGGUUUGGAACAUUCCCUCUCGUGGCGGCCCUCCGGAAACCUGAUCGCUAGCACACAGCGGUUUGGGUUUGACGGUGGUGGUGCUGGACGGGAUGGAAGACAUGAUGUGGUGUUUUUUGAGCGUAACGGUCUACGUCAUGGAGAUUUCGAACUGCGCCCUGCUGAUGGCCUUGUACCUCUACCCAGUCAACCCCUCAAUCUCAGAUGGGGAUAUAAGGUGAAGGACAUCAAAUGGAGCUCAGACUCAAAUGUUUUGGCUAUCUGGAUUGGGCGAGAUCAUGCUAGUGAUCUUGUAGUACAGUUGUGGACGACUAGUAACUAUCAUUGGUAUCUGAAGCAAGAAAUAUCAGCUCCCUCUGAUUCGGAAUUCACUUCAAUGGAAUGGCAUCCUGAAAUGGCCUUUCAUCUAAUUCUGACUACACCUACUCAAAUUUCUCUCCGCACUUACGCCUGGGAGACUAUCACCUCACUCAGCAAACCCCCAGUAGACUCGGGAUCGGUAGCAGUAAGCGAUGGUUCUGACGUUUUUCUGACGCCUUUCCGAACACAAAAUGUACCACCUCCAAUGUCUUCGAUGCAACUUCCUCUACUGGCUAAACCAUUAGACAAAUUUCAGUUUCCUCGUUCCGCAGCACGCGUGCCUGUGCACACUUGCUUCUCGCCUUCCUCUGAUAUUCUCGGUGUUCUAUGGGAACAUGGAUAUGUGGAGGUAUACCAUUUGCAAACUCGACUCGGUCCCGGGAGAGGGAAAGUAAUGCAGCCGACCAAAAUCGGGACAUGCUCACUUAAUGAAACAAAUACUCGCUGCAGACAAGUUGUCAUCUUGGCAUCCACUUCUUAUGCGGAUUCCCUUUCAUUCACGAUGCUUAUUUUGGGAUCAUUGUCGGAUUCGGAUGUCGUGGCUAUCACUCAGUUCAAUGGGGAACGGAUUGCGGAGACCGGGGCCGUUGCAAUGACAUCCCGCAAUGGCCGCCUUGUUUGUUCUGCUUCUGAUGCAUGUGUAUGGGAAGCUGAGGAUGGGGAACUCUUUCGAUUGAAUAUUGACAAUCAAACCAGUACCCCGUUCGGCCGGUUUUCGAAUUUCUGCUUCGUAGCGCAACACGUUCCUCUUUCCACGACUGAAAUCUGUGUCGGUCUGACGGGAUUCGGGAAAUUGCAAGUCUGUGGUGAAGAAUUGGCAUGCCUGACGUUGGCAACUAACGUGACCUCGUUCGCUGUCGCGUCGGGGUAUCUUAUCUUCACAACUGGCGCUCAUGAAGCAGUUUUUGCCCCCAUGGAGGCUUUACCGACGCUACUCAUGUCGGAUGACAACUUCAAGGGCAUUCCUAGUGAUUGGGAGAAACGACGUGUGGAAAGAGGGUCUAGAAUAGUGGUUUGCGUUCCGAGCUCAAUGAGCUUGGUGCUUCAGAUGCCGAGGGGUAAUUUGGAAACAAUAAAUCCUAGGCCGUUAGUCCUAGAAGUGGUUAGGCAAGAUUUAAAUGUUGGGCAAUAUCGCAAGGCUUUCUUUUCAUGCAGAAAACAUCGCAUUGAUCUUCAUUUCCUUGUUGCACACAACGAAAUUGCAUUCUUAGAAGGUUUGGGAUCAUUUGUGGAACAAGUGCAUGAAGUCGAUCACCUCAAUCUGUUCCUCACCAGUCUUGGGCAAGGUACACAUCCUCUUUCUCCCACAACGAUAGCUACGAUCAGCGAUGCCCUCCGCGAAAAGCUUGAAAAGACAGAUCUGAAAACAUACGUCAAUACUAUUUUAACUGCGCACGUCGUUAAGGCCCCUCCUGAUCAUGAAUCUGCUUUGUCAUUGCUGUUACGUCUAAAAGGUGAAGAGCCUGCCUUGGUUGAGGAUGCCGUCAAAUACAUUAUAUUUCUUGUUGACGCUGACAAACUCUUCGACACGGCACUUGGAAUGUACGACUUCUCGUUGGUGUUAAUGAUUGCUCAGCAUUCACAAAAGGAUCCUCGAGAGUAUCUCCCAUUCCUGCGUGAGUUACGAGCGAUUGGCGAUAAGAACUAUCAAAAGUACAGGAUAGAUGAUCUUUUGAAGAGAUACAAAAGUGCAUUGAACAAUUUGGCUCGAGCGGGUCCAAGUUAUUUUGACGAAGCCAUCCAAUACAUUGAACGACAUUCCCUCUAUCAAGCAGCUUUGUCAAUAUGGAGUAAUUCAGAUCGUUACGAGGACGUCUUAGCGAUUUAUGGAGACUGGCUCUUUGAACGAAGGGACUUCCGACAGGCAGCGGCAGUAUUCGUGGAAGCCAAACACCCGCAGAAGGCAAUGGUGGCUUAUGAAAAGGCGCUCGAGUGGCAAGAGCUUUUUGAGCUGGCGCUUCGACAUUCAGAGCUUGUGAGCGAUGAAAGCGUUGAGGAUAUGGCUUACCGUGUAUCGGAGGAUUUGGUGUCGAAAAAGCGAUUUGCUGAAGCUGCCAGGGUAAUUUUGGAUUAUACGUCGGACGUCAAGACAGCAGUCAUUACGCUCGUCCAAGGAAACGAAUUUUCGGAAGCUCUGAGAAUAACAACGUUAAAGCGGGAGUCCAAACUUAUUGAGGAUGUCAUACAUCCCGGAGCUCUGGAAAGCAUGGCUCAAAUCGUCGAAGAUGUGACUGAGAUGAAGGAGCAGCUCAACAAGCAACUAAACAGAGUACGUGAGCUUCGGGUCAAAAAGGUUGAAGAGCCAGACGAAUUCUACGGGUUUGAAGACACAGCGCUCCACAACGUGGAUGUAAUGACCGACGUGUCAAUGGCUCCUACGGCCUUUACACGGUAUACUGUGGCUCCCUCGGCAGCUUCAAGAUCAUCCAAACGAAGCUCUCGUUCCAAACGGAAGAUGGAGCGAAAAGUUGGCUCAGGCCGUAAAGGCACGGUCGACGAGGAGGAGUAUUUAUUACGUUCUAUCAGCAAGCUGGUCGGAAGGUUUAACGGUACCCGAAGUACAUGCUGCAAAAAGCUUCUUCCCCACCUCAUCAAAUUUACCGCACAACAUCGCGAAGACGGCUUGGUUAUGCAACGAGAGCUAUCUGAGUUCGAGGCUGAGCUAAGCGCGACAGUGGAGGAGGUUUGGUCCACGCCUACCGAUGCCAUGGGCAUCGAUAGUCAAACCCAAACUACGCAACCUUUACAAGAUACUUGGGCAGUGAGGAUGGACGAUGCCCAGAGACAGCAGAAGAGAAAUCCUAUGGAAAGAAUAGCCAAACCACAGGUAGAUGGCAACGGGGAUGAAAAGGAUUGGAGGAUGAAGUUGUUCGAUCUGAUUUGA